UUGUCCUCCUCCCGGGGAGAGCCUUCGGGGCGCCGCUGCCCCCCUUGCGGGCGCCCCCUGCUUUGCGAGGGCCCUGCCGCAGCCCUCGUCCCCCCAGCUGCGUGCCCAGGACCCCCGCCCCUUAUUUUUGGCAGUGGACAUGGCGUGAGCGGCGGGAGGGAGGGAGGGAGGGAGACAGCUGGAGAACGAGCAAGGAGCCUGGCCUCACACGCCUGCCCCGAAUGGGGAGCAAGGCCCCGUGGUGAAUCAGCCCCCCAUUGCCCCCUCUCGGUGAAAAAAGGGCGUGUGGGGAGUGACAGCCAAAGGAAGAAGAGGGCCCUGCAGUUCCCCCCUCCCCAGUGGAUCAUGGGCCUCAAGCUGCCUUGAUGAAGGAAUCUGUGAGUGCCAGCUGGGCUGUGGUGUUCCCUGAGGCGGCGGAGGAGGAGGAGGAGGAGGAAGAGGAAGCCCCACCGUGGAGAUGGGGUCUCAAGUCCUGCAGAUCCUGCGCCAGGGCGUCUGGGCAUCUCUGACCGGCGGCUGGUUCUUUGACCCUCACCAGAGCACCUUCUCCAACUGCUUCCAUCUGUAUACCUGGAUCUUCCUGCUCAUCUUUCCUUUCCUGCUGUACAUGGUGAUGCCGGCCACCUACGCCGUGGCCGGCGUGUACUGCGUGGGGGUGGCCACGUUCUUCACCACCGUCAAAGUUGUCAACUAUCGCCUGCACACGAUGUUCGACCAGGGAGAGAUCGUGGAGAAGAACUCGGCUCUGGCGGAAGCGACCAAGACCGAAGAUGAAGCUGCAGCUGACGAGGGAAACCUGGCCAGGGACGCCGGCGGGGUGGAGAUGACUGUAUUCCGCAAGGUCAGUUCCACGCCUCCCGUGCGGUGCAGCUCCCAGCAUUCCGUGUUCGGCUUCAACCAAGUCAUGGACUUGCUGCCCCACUUGGAGGAUGGGGGCCCCGUGAGAGACAUCAAGGAGCUGGUGCGCGAGCGGGGCAGCAACAAUGUCAUCGUCACGGCGGCCGAUCGCGAGAUGCUGCAGCACUCUUCCCCGGAGAACUGCGCUGGGGCGGACACGUCAGCCCCCGCCGAGCUGGAAGCGGGGAGCAGCGGCUCGCUGCCCGCCCCCGGCGCGGAGCCCCCGUCCAGCGGCCGGAAGCAGCCGACCUCCCUCCCCGUCCAGACGUCCCUCCAGAGCACGGACUCCUUGGAGCCGUCCCCGCCAGCAGGGCCGGCCUCGCGGGCGCCCCCCCGCUGGCCGGCCAGCGAGUCCGAGAGCGUGGGGGACACGCCGCUCAGCCCGCUGAUCAAGAACAGCCUGAGCGAGGAGCUGGGCCACAGCUUCCUGAGCCUGGCGCUGCCCGAGGCGGGCAGCCUCGCCCCACGGGAGUCGCGGCGCUCGGGCACGGACUACCAGCCCCUGGAGCCCCGGCCGGAGGGCCCCCUGCAGGCCGGCUCCUCGGACAGCUGCUUCAGCGGCACCGACAAGGAGACGCCCAGCACCCUGAGCAGCUACCGCAGCGAGAAGACCAACUCCACCCACCUGGACAGCCCCCUGCUGGGCCCGGGCCCCGGCGGGGCUGGCCUGGGGGAGCCGGUGCCCCCCGGCCCAUCCCCGCCCCCGGAGGGCGGCAGCGACACCGACGCGCUCUCGGACAGUGAGCUGCUGCGCUCGCCCGAGCUGGGCCUCCUCGGGGAGCUGAGCUUCGACACGCAGAACACGCUGGACUCCCUGGACACCGUCAAGGGCGACGGGGAGCUCUGGGGGGCCCCCGAGCUGGAGCAGGUGGUGCGGCCCAAGGAGCCAGCCCUCAAGGGCCGCCGGCGCCUCUCGCGCAAGCACGGCGGGGCCUACCUGCCCAUGCGCACCCUCCUGGACAGCAAGGCCUACGCGGAGGGCUUCUUCGCCGACGAGGACUCCAGCGACUGCAGCGACCUCAGCCGGGCCUCCAGCCUGCACUCGCAGCGCAACUACAGCACGGACAGCUCCUCCAGCACCUCCUGCUACUCCCCGGAGCGCCUGCCCCCCGUCCCCCGUGGCAAGCCGGGCCUCCCCGCCGCCGAGGCCAAGCCGCCCCCCGCCCCCGAGGGCGCCCCCCUGCCCGCCCGGCCCUCCUGCUACGCCCAGCGGGCCGGGAGCACGGCCAGCGCCAAGACCCACGCCCGGGUGCUCAGCAUGGACGGGGGCCGCGGGGCCGAGGGCGGCAAGCCCCCCGCCACCCUCACCCUCUCCAAGUCGGACCUGGAGUCCCACGCCGGGAAGCUGGCGGUUGAGCCCGACCUGGGCAGCGCGGCACAGGGCCAGGCGGCCAACCAGCCCGGCUGGCGCGGGGAGCUGCCAGUGGAAGGGGCCGUCGGAGGCGCCCCCACAGCGGAGGAGGGCCCCAAGUCGGACCGCUCGAGCAGCGUGAAGCGCAUGCAGGCCAUGAGGCGCCGGCACAACGCGGGCAGCAACCCCACCCCUCCGUCUUCGGUGAUGGGAUCCCCGCCCAGCUUACAGGACCUGCAGCGAGGCCGGGCCUCGUCGCACUCCCGCACCCUCACGCUCCCCUCGGCCCUGCAGUUCGCCAGCUCCCUCCUGCUGCCCCGCGGCAUCAUCCACGAGGCCUGCAACUUCGACGACACCUCGGAAGGGGCCGUGCACUACUUUUACGACGAGAGCGGAGUCCGGCGCUCGUACACCUUUGGGCUCGCUGGCGGCGGCUAUGAGAACCCAGUGGGUCAGCAAGUCAGCAUGGACCACCCAACAACCAACAGUGGCUGGGACAGGCAUUCCCAUUCUUCCAGCUUCAACUCGGCGGAGGUGCCGGAAGGGACCCCCGCCCUCACGCUGCUGCAGCCGCGGCCCGUGGUCCUGCAGGGCAUGCAAGUUCGCAGAGUGCCUCUGGAGAUCCCUGAGUUCGACCUCCUAGAUCAGGAAUCGCUGCACGAGUCCCAGGAGAACACGCUGAUGAUCGAGGACAAGUGUCACCCACGGCAGUACUACAAGUUCUGGGUGCUGCCCGGGCGCUGGAUGCGCGUCCGGUACGACCGGCUGGCCCUGCUGGCCCUGCUGGACCGGAACCGGCGAGUGGCGGAAAACGUCUUCGUGGUGCUGCUGGUGAGCCUUGUCGCCUUCCUGGGCUACCUGCUCCUCAUGCGCGGCUUCUUCAAGGACAUCUGGGUGUUCCAGUUCUGCGUGGUGAUCGCCAGCUGCCAGUACUCCCUGCUGAAGAGCGUCCAGCCCGAUGCUGCUUCGCCCAUGCACGGGCACAACUGGAUCAUCUCGUACAGCCGGCCCGUGUACUUCUGCGUGGCCUGCCUGUCCGUCUGGCUGCUGGACUUGUGCGCUCGCGCGGCGCCCUUCCCGCCCGUCGCCUUCUACGAGCUGCUGCUCUUCUCCUCGGACUUCUUCUACUGUGCCCGCAACGUGGCCAUUGUGUUCACGCUCUGCUUCCCGGCCAUCUUCCUCUUCGGACUCCUCCCUCAGGUCAACACCUGCUUCAUGUACCUUCUGGAACAGGUGGACAUGAACAUCUUUGGCGGAACAGCCGCCACCAGCCCCUACACCGCCGCCUUCGCCCUGCUGCGCAGCGUCCUCGUGGCCGCCCUCCUGUACGGCUUCUGCCUUGGAGCCCUCAAGGCGCCGUGGGGCGACCAGCACGUGCCCGUUCUGUUCUCCGUCUUCUGCGGCCUCCUCGUGGCGCUCUCCUACCACCUCAGCCGCCAGAGCAGCGACCCAACCGUCCUCUGGUCCUUGAUACGGAGCAAGCUUUUCCCCGAGUUUGAGAACCGCAAUGUGGAAAGCCCCGUGGUCGGGAUCAAGGAUCCGCUGCCGGAGAAACUGCGCGGUUCCCUGCGGGAUAUCCUCCACUCGGACCUCGUCAUGUGCCUGGUCAUCGCCGUCCUGACCUUCGCCAUCAGCGCCAGCACGGUUUUCAUCGCUCUGGAGUCUGUUCUAGGGUACGUGCUCUACGCCCUGGCCGGCUUGGUGGGGUUCGUCACCCACUACCUGCUGCCCCAGCUCCGUAAGCAGCUGCCCUGGUUCUGCCUCUCCCAGCCUGUGCUGAAGCCCCAGGAGUACAGCCAGUUCGAAGUGCGCAGUGCAGCCCAGCUGAUGUGGUUCGAGAAGCUGUACGCCUGGCUGCAGUGCGUGGAGAAGUACGUCAUCUACCCGGCCGUGGUGCUCAACGCCCUCAGCAUCGACGCCCAGCUGGUCAGCGCCCCGCGGCAGGACAAACUCUGCGUCUACUGCCGGGCGCUGCUCAUCACGGUGGCGGGCAUGAAGCUGCUGCGCUGCUCCUUUUGCUGCCCCCCGCAGCAGUACGUCACGCUGGGCUUCACCGUCCUCUUCUUCCAGUUCGACUACAAGCAGUACUCGGAGGGCUUCCUCACCGACUACUUCGUCAUGUCCAUCCUCUUCAACAAGCUCUGGGAUCUCUUGUACAAGCUGCGGUUCGUGCUCACCUACAUCGCCCCCUGGCAGAUCACGUGGGGCUCGGCCUUCCACGCCUUCGCUCAGCCCUUUGCCGUGCCUCACUCGGCCAUGCUGUUCGUCCAGGCCGUGCUCUCCGCCCUGUUCUCCACCCCCCUCAACCCGCUUCUGGGCAGCGCCGUCUUCAUCAUGUCCUACGCCCGCCCGGUCAAGUUUUGGGAGCGCGACUACAACACCAAGAGAGUGGACCAUUCCAACACCCGGCUGGCCACGCAGCUUGACCGCAACCCAGGCGCCGACGACAACAACCUCAACUCCAUCUUCUACGAGCACCUGACGCGCUCGCUGCAGCACACGCUCUGCGGGGACCUGCUGCUGGGCCGCUGGGGCAACUACGGCACGGGCGACUGCUUCAUCCUGGCCUCCGACUACCUGAACGCCCUGGUGCACCUCAUCGAGCUCGGCAACGGCCUGGUCACCUUCCAGCUGCGCGGCCUCGAGUUCCGCGGCACCUACUGCCAGCAGCGCGAGGUGGAGGCCAUCACGGAGGGCGUGGAGGAGGACGAGGGCUGCUGCUGCUGCGAGCCGGGCCACCUGCCGCGCGUGCUGAGCUUCAACGCCGCCUUCGGGCAGCGCUGGCUGGCCUGGGAGGUGGCCGCCACCAAGUACGUCCUGGAGGGCUACAGCAUCACCGACAACAACGCCGCCUCCAUGCUGCAGGUCUUCGACCUCCGCAAGAUCCUCAUCACGUACUACGUCAAGAGCAUUAUCUACUAUGUGACUUGCUCCCCGAAGCUGGAGGAGUGGAUGGGUCACGAGGGGAUCCAGGAGGCCCUGUGGCCCUGCACCUCGCUCAGCUACGCCGACAGCGACCCCACGUUCAACCUCAACAUAGACGAGGACUACGAUCACCGCAUGGCCGGGAUCACGCUGGCUUCCUUCUGCAACAUCUACCUCGAAUGGAUCCAGUACUGUGCCGGGCGCAGGGAGAAGCCGGUGGACCGGGAGUGGAACUCCCCUCUGGUCACCUUGUGCUUCGGGCUUUGCAUCCUGGGCCGCCGGGCCCUGGGCACGGCCUCCCACAGCAUGUCUGCCAGCCUCGAACCCUUCCUUUACGGCCUGCAUGCCCUUUUCAAGGGGGACUUCCGGAUCACUUCGCCCCGCGACGAGUGGGUCUUUGCAGACAUGGACCUGCUCCAUCAGGUGGUGGCCCCCGGAGUGCGCAUGUCCCUCAAGCUGCAUCAGGACCACUUCACCUCUCCGGAUGAGUACGACGACCCGGCUGUGCUGUACGACGCGAUCCGGUCGAACGAGGAGAAGAUGGUGAUCUCCCACGAGGGGGACCCUGCGUGGCGCAGCGCCAUCCUCAGCAACACCCCCGCCCUGCUGGCCCUGCGCCACGUGAUGGACGACGCCAGCGACGAGUACAAAGUCAUCAUGCUCAACAAGCGCUACCUGGGCUUUCGGGUGAUCAAGGUGAACCGGGAAUGCGUGCGGGGCCUCUGGGCCGGGCAGCAGCAGGAGCUGGUGUUCCUCCGGAACCGGAACCCCGAGCGGGGCAGCAUCCAGAACGCCAAGCAGGCCCUGCGCAACAUGAUCAACUCCUCGUGCGACCAGCCCAUCGGCUACCCCAUCUACGUCUCGCCCCUGACCACGUCCUAUGCCGGCAGCCACCCCCAGCUCCGAUCACUGUGGGGAGGGCCGGUCAGCCUGCACAACAUCUCCGCCUGGUUCAUCCGGAGCUGGGAGAGGUUGCAGAAGGGCUGCGGGGCCGGGUGCAACAGCGGAGGGAACAUUGAGGACUCGGACUGUGGCGGCGGCUCUUCCUCCCUCAGCAAUAACCCUGCGGCACACGGGCCUCAGGUCCCCGGGAGCACCGCUCACAGUGUCGGACCGGCAGCUGCAAACCCCGCUGAGCCGGCGGUCACCACUGCCCAGCCUCAGGCAGAACUCGACUCCGGGCUUCCUGCUCCAAACCAGAGCUGGCCGGUCCAGCCCCAGCCCGUGCCCUUGCCGAGCCAGAGCGAAGGACGGCCCCCGCCCGCCCCGGCGGCCUCCUGGCCCCCCGGCCCGCACUUCCUGGGAAGCCAGCUCUCCUGCGCCAGCUCCCUGGCCUCCGUCGCCGAGGGGGUCGGGCGGGCGCCCCUCCCGCUCCGCCCCGGGCUGGGAACGCCGGCUGCCUUCGCCUACGAGGGCCUCUGUGGGAAGUGGAGCCUGCCCGGCCGGAAGGGACUGAACGGGCUCGGCGGGAGCGAGAGCGACGUCCACCCCGGCACGCCCCCCCCCCAGCACGAAGGACGGCUCCGUGUCGUGCUCCGCGGUCGCCGGCCUGGGCACGCAGGGCAUCGCCGGCAGCCCCAAGCCCGAGGCUCCCGCACCAGGCCCGGCCCCCGAGACCCGCGGCGACCUUGUCCCGUUGCCUCUGGAACUGUCACCACCCCCGCGAGGGAGCUGCCCCCUUCCUGAACUGACCCCCGUUGCGGCCGAGUGGGGACGGCAGCGGGAGGACGAGGAGAGUCCCGCUGCGGGGCAGCCCCUUCUGGAGCACCAGUACUGAGCGGGAGGGACUCCCUGCCCCAUCAUCCACGGGCUGGCCCCGUGAGACUCGUUUUGUGCCCCUUUUUGAGGGGAUACACACCCUCUGGUUCAUUUCCCCCUUUCUUCAGGACCAUGGACAGCAAUAAGGGACCGGGGGGGGGCUGCUCCUUCUUGCCUGCUGCAGCCUUUCGUCCCCCCGACCCCCGCCUGCAGGAGCAGGCUCAAUCGUCUGGAUGUGGCACGUGGGGGGGGGGAGAUCUCCCUGUCCUCCCCCCUCCCCCCUCCCCAGGGACCCUCUUGGACACCGAGUUUGUAUCGGUGGUGCGCAAGGGCAAUUUUCUGCUGUCGCUGUUUCCUUGGGAUUAAUAAUAAUAACAAUUUUUGUUUGCUUA